UCCUCCCUCCCUCCCUCCCUCCAAAGGCUUGCUGUUUUUAGCGACCGCCCUCCGAUUUUCUUGGCGCGUCUCGCUUUCCACCAGAUUCUCAGUUUUUUCCCCAUCCCCACUAAUAAAAUACUCCAAUCUUUAUUGUUAGAUUAGAUUGCAUUCUUCCUAGGGAUUUCCUAGAGCCUUUAGUUAGAUUCCGCCUCCGCCUCGAUGAUUCCGUGACCGCUUCCUUCCGGUGAUCGUCAUGAAUCCUUAAGGUUAAGGCUCUCCAAGAAAUGCCAUGUGCACUUGAAGUAAUUGACACACGGUUACAGAGCACAGCACAUAUUCAGUGCAACACAUCAUUCGACCAAAAUAUUGGCAACCACUUUUCAAAGGGCCAGCUGAUACGAAAACCUUUUUCUGUUCGUCCUGAGAACAGGGAUACGGCAUUAACAAUACUUCCGCUUGGGCAUGAUUCACAUUGGAAUCUGGGGCCAUUUUUGUCUGACAUUCAAGAGGUCAGCACGGUAAGCUCUUUGACAUCAGGAGCUCCUGGUACAGAGGGCCUUGAAUUAUCAUCCGCACAGCCAAGAAUACUGUAUUGGUUAGGCCAGCUGAAUGAAAGGAACAUGCAUGAUCAGGCUGAUUCUUCUAAACCGGUUUCCAAUGGAAACCCACACGGACGAAGUACCUUAAGACAAUCCCGGCAUAGGAGAAAUGUCUGUAAUCCGUCGACAGCAGUUCCUCCCUGCCAUGUGGUUGCAAAGAAGUCUUCCAGGCCUGUCACUGCUACUUUGAGAUCUGAUUCUGAUAUUUUGCAUGAUGAUGACAAGCCUCCAAAAAGGAGUCCUAAAAAGAAAGGAAACAAGAAAGGGAAGCAUUACAAGCGAACAACACGCAAAAAGCUGAAUUUGGCAUCAGAAAUCACUUGUGAAGAGAAUACUUAUGCUGUUUGUCCUGUGGAGGUACUUCCGACCAAUUGGCUGGCUGAUAAAUUGUCAGAAACCACAUCCUCUGCUAGCUCAUUGGUUAAAGAAGCCCAUUUGGGUAAAGAUGAUGGAGGGAACAACAAUGACUAUGUAGAAUGUGGUACUAUACUGAAUUUAUCUACAUUAGGAACUAAUGAGAUGGAUGGUUCUGAAUGUACUGGUUCAUCUAAUGAUGCCACAGGAGUGAGAUUAAGCUGCAGUUGUGUUCCUAACAAUGGAUCAAAUACUACUGAUUCUUCAGAAUUUGAUGGAUCCACCUUCGCUGAACAUGGCUUGGGAGAAGAAAGCGAUAGCUAUCAGAAGUUAUUGUGUGCCUGUGUUUAUAACCCUGAAGACACAGAUUCAUUCUUUAGCAGGUGGAACAAUGACAACAGUGGGAACAGUGUUGGUGUUGAGGCUAGAUCAACCAUCAAAGAUGAACAUAGACGUGACCAUUUGCAUCCGAGGCCUUCCACAGGGCUGAAUAAUGUGAGGACGGAAUGCCAUUUGAUAGGUACACAUCUAACUGCUACUCAUGCUGAAGAUACAGAUGAUUCUUUUGGCCACAGCUCCUGUUGCUCAAAGGAUGUUACUGAUAGUAGUAGUCAUACUGAAAGAGUUCAGUGCAGCAGUGAGGCCUGCAACAGUAAGACUUCUCUUCAAUUUAAUUCAGGGAGAAGGAGCAGAAGAUCAAGAAAAACACCGAGCUAUAGUGAUUUGUCUGUGUCUAACAGAGUAGUAAGUGCUAAUAGGCACAAGAAUAGUGGAAAAGACAGUUCAGCUGUGUGGCAGAAAGUAGAAAAAAAUGACAAGACCAUAUCUAAAGCAGGACAGACGAGUGAAUCACCUAUUCGGGAUAAGAGUGCACAAGAAGACACCAAUAAGGGUGUACAGCAAGAUCCAACAAGGCAUAGGGCAAAACAUAAUCAGAGUACGAAAGCAUGCAAACAGGAGUCCCCAAAUGAGACAGUUGAAAUGGAGUCUACCAAAGAAGAACAAGAUGCAUUAAACUCAUGCCAAACAUCUUCUAGACCCACUUACAAGAAGCAAGCACCCUUUCUACGGCAGCAAAGAAGCUCUUCUUCUAAACAAGGUUCACAGUCAUCGAAAAACUACUAUGCUCCUAAGAAUGUUAUCCCCAAGGUGCCAAAGGAUUACUUGCAGCAAGAAGGAUUGCCUAUGUUGCAGCUAGUUCAUGACAAGGACACCGGUGAUAGACCAACCUCAAAUUCUUGUUCAGCUGAUGAAGUUAUUCUAACUGGAGUUGGCAACUGUCCAACUGAGGGAAAUGAGAGUUCACAGUCUGGUAUUGAGAAAGCUGCAUUAGCAUCUUGCAUCUCGGUUCCAGAUUUGACCCCACAAGCUGCUUCCAUUGAAGCCCACAUAUCAAUCACUCUUGAGGAUCCUCACUCUUUAUGUCCUGAAAACAAGGGCUCCAGGAACACUGAUCCUUGUGCUGCAGAAACGGAGGAAGCUCAAUGUGUGAAAUUAACAACCAAGAAUAAUCCUCAAGAAUCUUGUAAGUUGUAUUCUGCUGCUGGACACCUGUCACAGAAUUGGGUUCCUGUUGGAAAGAAAGAGGUGUUUAAUGUGAUGCAUUUAGAAGUCUCAGAGGCUUCUGUUGUUGAAGGGCCAGUUCCAGCCAAUGAUAUUUGUGAUUCAGUUUGUCCUGCAUCAACUAAUGGUGAAGACAGCAAAUUAGCUAGUGAAAUGACUUCUAAACUGAACUCAUCUGAGCACGUUGAUUUGAAAUGCCAAGCAUAUAAUGGAACCGAGACUGAUUACAACAAGAUAAGAGAAGCCAUCAGUGAUGUUAAUACGGCACAGCAGAGAGUGGAAGAUAUCCAACUUAUCAUUGGUAGGCCUCUUGCUGAUUUUGAACGAUUUAUUUACUCUGCUUCUCCGGCUAUGCACUGUAGCCCUUGCCCUACUGGCUGUAAAUCUGACUUGCAAGAAUGUGUAAAAGAUAGCUUAUGUUUGCACCAGACUCCAGACAUCACUCUAAGUAGUGUUUGGCAGUGGUAUGAAGAACCUGGCUGCUAUGGUUUGGAAGUAAGGGCACAAGAUUUCCAUAGAUCCAAAGGCUUGUGGAAUAGUCGCUAUCAGUUUACUACCUAUUUUGUACCAUAUCUAUCUGCUGUUCAACUUUUCGGUCAACCUAAAAUAACCAAUGGUGGAAGCAUUGCUAAGGAAGCAAUCAAUAUGGAUAUGACAUGUGAAACAUCUCCAUGUCUGAACUCGCCCCCAAUUUUUGCAAAGCUUAUGCCACGACAAUCUAAUCCAAGAAACAGGUCAUCUACUUCGCAUACUGAAGAUGAUCAGCAGUCAGCAAGUGGCGAGCUCAUAUUUGAAUUUUUUGAAUCUGAACAACCAUAUUGGCGGCGACAGUUAGUUGACAAGGUAAAUGAGCUGAUUGCUGGUGUGAAACCGUUGAAUUGCCAAAUAUCUGGAGACCCAAAGAAUUUGGAGCUCAGCCUGAAUGAUCUACAUCCAGCUUCUUGGUAUUGUGUUGCAUGGUAUCCCAUAUACCGUAUACCCGAUGGUAAAUUUCAGGCUGCAUUCUUGACAUAUCAUUCUCUUGGGCACUGGAUUCAUCGAAGUAGCUCAGCAGACCAGGCUGGUCACGCUCCUGUUGUUUUGCCAGUCGUAGGUCUGCAGUCCUACAAUGACAAGGCCGAGUGGUGGUUUCAGAUGAGCAAAGGCGAUUCUGACGAUGUUGAGUCACAGUCAAGCGAAGCAUCCCAGGCUCUGAAGGAGAGAUUGCGCAAGCUGAAUCAAGCUGCAGCGGUGAUGUCCAGGGCCACCAUGCUCAAAAAUGACGAGACGAGUAGAAACAGGCACCCUGAUUACGAGUUCUUCCUUUCUCGGUACGGAUAGAAUGUCUCAGAUGAAGUUGCCUGAGCCUCCUUCCUGAACAAGUAGAGCUUGACUUGUGUAGCCCAUGCCAUCUGCAUCUGAUCGCCUUUUGUGUUGCCUAGCUUUGCGAACGAGUGAUAGGAGGCUGCCAUACUGUGACGUACGUUAUCCUGUAUAUUAUUCAAGUGAGAGCAGAGUGAGAUUUAGGUGUGUGAGUGACUUUGUUUGUAGCUGAUGUAUGGUCAGAUCUUGAUCUAGUCUGUAUAUAUGUGCAACCGCAACCGACCCUCCCUGUAAGAUUAACAGCGAUGGACAUGCAUCUAAUUUUAGCUGCUGGGCUACCUUCCCUUC